CUUAAAAUAUUUCCUUUUUUUUCAGGAAAGGUACAAAAAUGAUGUUACCCUAGCUAUACAAUUUUUACAAUGCAAACAAAGUAACUUUGUUGCUCAAAGAUAUGAUACGUUACCUCCUGAAGUGCAGUCUCAAGUUUCCAACUUCAUGACUACGAAGAAAAAACCUGAAGAACGUAGAUCAGUUCCAGAGAUGAAGAAUAUUAAAGUGCCAAUACCAACCUUCCCGCCUACAGCGAUGGUUUAUUCGGUGCCAAAAUCUCCCAAACCUGAAAGGAAAACAGAAGAAGAUGUUGAAUCAGCCCCCGUUGAUAUAGUUUCGGCAGCCAUUAUGGCCAAAGUACUAGAGGAAAGGCAAAGGGAAAGAGUCAAUAUGAAACACUGUGAUACGUGUACCUGUGCAAAGAGUUUGAGGAUAGUUUAUGAUAAUACACACCACACAGUAGGGACACAAACAGGGGACUACAAAGAGAUGCUGUGUUUGAAGUGUAAUGAUAAUGUGUUUGCUAGUACUGCUAGUGUCCAAAUAGUAAGGAAUACCGAUUCCAAAACCAAUAGAGUUGUCCCUAUUUACCCCCUAGAAAGUUUAGAAACAACUGCUACCCAAACCUCCUACAACAUCGUUAAAGUACAGCCGAACAACUUUUUAUUAGAUAAGUCCAAAAUGAGUUCAAAAAAUUCCAGCUUAACAGAUUCUAACAGAUCAUCACCUAAAACUGAUGGCAUCCCAAAUAUUUUCUCUAAAAGUAGUGAAACACUGGUCAAGAAAAACAAUACACACCGUUUAUGUGACAAAAUAGAUCCUAAUCAUGAAAUCGAAUUGAAUUUGGAAAAAGCUGAUUCUGAGAAAAAUGAAGACAAAGUCAGUGCCAAAACAACUUCACCAAAAGGUCCUAGGUAUUGCUCAAUGCGUGUCCAAACUGGCACAAAAAAUAUUUUACUCGAUAACGCUCACAAUAAUGUAGCACCCAUUCUCUAUACAAGAAGCCACAAAGUUGCAGCACAAAAAGAAGAAAGCUCAAAUACAGAAACUAGUAGCGAAAAGUUCAAUUCCAUGGCAAGUGACACUUCAGCUCAGAAUCAACAAAGAGUGGCUGAAUGGAUUCAGAAUAACUUGGAAGAUGACAUAAGCAGCUCUGACAAUUCUAGGUCGGAGCUUCUGGGAACUAAAAAGGGAUUGAAGACUGAUAAGGUUAAGUAUGCUGAAAUGGAGGAAAAUGUAAAAAGAUUUUUAUUCGGGGAGAGUGAGUUUUUGAAAACUGUUGAGAUAGGCAAGAUGAAAUAUCAGAAUAUCAGAGAUGAAGAAAAGAGCGGUAGCAAAGUAGAGCCUUGUAGUGAGACAGAUAUAUAGAACUUAAAAGCCAGAUUUUUCUAGCAACAUUUUACAUGAAUCAAUAUUAUAUCAUUUUUAUACCACUCCUGUAUACCAAAGGUAGAAUAUCGUUUUUUACAUAUUUUUGAGGAGGAAGUAUUUCUGAAUUGUUUUCAGUACGUGAUAAUUUCAAUAAAAAUAAUGAUAUUAAUGUCAUUUUACUGUUUCUGGGAGAAAUAUACUAUUAUACUCGCAAAACCAAUAUAUCUCACUUCCUUCAUUUAUGAAAAAUCCUGCACAGACUCAAUUGUUCAUACCUCUAUUUAAGUUCCCAUUGAGUUCGACAUUUUCCACUAGUCUUUCAAUUGCAAUUUUAGUGCUUCAUUCAUUAAAAUAUUGUAGAAAUAUUGAACUAAGAGAACAAAUUUUGGGCUGCUAGGAACCUGAAGUACACAUAUCACUGAUGAUGUCUGCCGCAGAAACACACGAAACGUUUGAUACUUAAGGUUUUAUUCGACCACUCCUUACUAGCCCUUAUUUUGUUCUCUUUAUUUGUGACUUUGGUCGUCUUAUAUUGAAUGAAGUUGAAAACUAGAGAACCGUUUUCAUAAAUCAAAAUAGAUACAGUUAUGUUGAUUAGGUUUUAUGUGCUGUUGUAUCAAAAAGUAACAAUUAUCAUUUUUAUUGUUACUUUUUUCAGGCAAAUAUGUAAUUAGACUUUUUCACAGUCUUCCAGGCUACAAACUUAGUUGAAUCCUAUCUAAGUUCAUUCCUUUAGUCAACAAACAAAAAUCAGAAAAUUGUAUUUUUUCUUAGAAAUAUGUAUUACCAUAAAAUAAUGUAAUAUUGGAACCCAAGAGUCUCAACACAUGUUUUACUGAAGUACCAUUAUGUAAUGAUCUUGGUAACUAAAAAUCUACCUAUAUCAGUUCUGAAUUAUUUUCUGCUACUCCUUCCUAAUAGCUACUUUCAAAAACUCAGUUUUUGUGUCAAAUGCGUUGUGUGAAAGACCCGUGGGUUGUAGUGACCUUAUAUAAUGUAAAUAAUAAAACAUUGAGACGUGAUUUUCCGAAUUUCGAUACAUUGAUUAGGGUAAUAGUCUGAAAACAUUUUAUAUAUCCUAUGUGAAUUUAAUCAAAAAGAAAGUAUUAGCUGAAGUUAGAAAUUUUAAUUGGAGUGAAGAAUUAUAAACCUAGCAAGAACUGUGAUUUGUGUAUAAGAGAUUUAACAUUGUCCUUGGGGAUUGAAAGUUAUUGCACUGAUAUUCUUUUAUUGAUCUAUUCAAUUCUAAUUCAUGCCACCCAGUCUAAUUUUGGUUUAUUUUACGCAAAUUCGAGCUAACUUGAAUUUGGGUAAUCGAUCAAUAAGGUAGUUUCUACAAUGUCGAAUGUUUCUAGUAAUUGGCAGUUAUCCACGAAGGUGUGAGUGUUGAAAUUGUCCAGUGUGAUAAUCAACAAUUUGACCUGUCGAUCAGCAUUAUUCCUCAGCUUCAACUAUCGAUUAGCCUAAACUGAUAGUUCAAACUAUCGAUUAUCCUUAGUCAAGAGUUGAACUGUCUAUUAGCCUCAAUCAACAGUUGAACUGUCUAUUAGUUUUGAUCGACAGUUUAAAGUGUCGAUAAUACAUAAUCGACAAUUUGAAUUGUCGAAUAUGCCUAAUAGACAGUUGUAUGUGAUUAUAGAUAAUCAGGAAAUUGAACUGUCGCCUUCAUAGUUACCUAUAGGGGGAAAAUAGAAACCCUUUAUUCAAGAGGAUGUUCUAUUGAAAUCAGUAAAUAUUCAUAAUCUUCAUUUUUUCAGAUUGAAUCAGUCUGCCCCACAUUUGUAUAGUUUCUCCAUAUUAAUUAUUCAUCUGAAAACGACAAUCAUAUUUCAUGGAUUUUGUGAUAUGCUAAAUUCUCCAGUUGUUUGUUGUUGUUCACUAUUUCAUUCUGUCGGGAAAUUCAAAGACCCUCUUGGAAAUAUCUCAUAUUUCAAUUUUCAUGUAAUAAAUUGUAAACAAUUCUGAAAUUGUUGCACCAGCUGACAAAAUCCCCUUGGUCAAUUUACAUUAACUCUAGAUUGAGAAUUAGCCAAGGACCAAAUAUUUAUUUUUAGAAUCGAUGUAUGUAUCCUAGUGAUUUGUUUUUAGUGGUAUCAGAAUUUCAAUAGGAACCACAGAUCACAUAUGUGAAUUUUGUUGAAAUACUUGAAUAUUUUGAUGUCAGCCUUUUUCUAUUUGUAGUUAUUCAGUGAUGAUGGAUACUUUAACCAAGAUAUACCUAAAAAGUAUCCAAUUACAAUUAUUAUGAACAUUUAAGAUGAAUCACAGAACUUCAAUUCCAUCUCAGGAAUACCUUUUGUAUAGUUGAAUGAAUGUUAGGGGUUCAGACUCAUUGUCUGAAAAUGUUAGCAGAUUUGAAACCCAAGA